ACGAAAAUCGCUAAUUACUCAUUAAUUAUAACUCGAGUGUGAUCUCAAAUUAAUGUAUAGAAUAAAUAAGAAAAAAAUAGAGCUUAAUUUUUAUUAAAAAUCAUAUUAUUUAUUUAUCAUUGAUGAAAUACAUAUAAUGCAAUACAUAACAGAGUACAGGAUUUCAAUAAUAGAAUAUAUUACACUAAGUACAAUUAAUAGUUUUAUGUAACCGGUAACUUUCAUGUUACCGAUCGCUCUUAUCACCGAUUGUCAUUUAACUUUCAACUUUGAUCGGUAGAAUGCGGUGACGUUUGUGUGUAACAAUGUGGCCGGACGCUGUUAAACUUGAAUUACAAAGUUUAAAUAAAUCUUGCAAAAAAUAUGGUUUAACGUUUUAAAGUCAUUUAAUUCGCAACACUUUAUACAGCAAGCAUCAUGUUAUACUCCUUAAUCGAAAUUUGUGCAUACAGUCGCACAUAACCUCAAAGAUACAUUUAAAUGUAUCUUGUAGAAAGAAAUUGUACUUAUCCGACUAACUUAUUAAAUGGCUCGAGGUUUGAGUAGCAAAGAAAAGCUCAAGUCGCUGUUGACAGUGACCGGUGCAGCCGUAACUUUGUUCAGUGGUAUUUGCAUAUACCAAGGGGAUGAGAAAUUCUACAAUAAAUACGCUCUACCAUUAAUCCAACUUGUAGACCCAGAAUUCGCUCACAAUGCUGCCAUUAAAGUUUUAAAGUACCGUCUCUUAGGUAAACAAAAAUCAGAAGACCCGCCAUCCCUCAGAACGAACGUAUGGGGUCUGCAGUUUAAAAAUCCAUUAGGAAUGGCAGCCGGCUUCGACAAGCAAGGAGAAGCAGUGGAAGGCUUGCACAGAAUAGGGUUUAGUUUCGUAGAAAUAGGAUCGGUAACACCAAAGCCACAGUCCGGUAACCCGAAACCAAGACUGUUCAGAUUAAAAGAAGACAACGCAGUCGUCAAUAGGUAUGGUUUCAACAGCGAAGGACACGACGUUGUAUGGCAACGUUUAAAGAAACUCAAGGACAACAGAUCCUUCCACGGUAUCGUUGGAGUGAACCUGGGGAAGAACAAGACAAUGGAAGAUGCGGCUCAGGACUACAUAGACGGCAUUAAGAAGUUCUCCGACGUGGCUGACUACUUUGUGAUCAACGUGUCCAGUCCGAACACUCCCGGAUUGAGGUCCUUGCAGAGCAAGAAUGAUUUAGAACAAUUGUUAACAAGAAUAAACGAGGUCAGGCAUUCAAUGCAGAGCAAACAGCCGUUGCUCUUGAAGCUCGCCCCGGAUCUGUCAGACUCAGAGAAGCAGGACAUCGCGGACGUGAUAUCGAAGGAGAAAACGAAAAUAGACGGCUUGAUAUUGUGCAAUACCACCGUCACGCGAAACAAUUUAGUAAGCCCGCUCCAAGGAGAGGAGGGAGGUCUCAGCGGAGCUCCUCUGACCGACAUGUCCACCGCGAUGAUCUCCGACAUGUACAGACGGACCGGCGGUACCGUCCCCAUCAUCGGCGUGGGUGGAGUCUUCACCGGAGCGGACGCUUACGACAAGAUCCGAGCAGGCGCGUCUCUGGUUCAACUGUACACGUCGUUCGCGUACCAGGGACCGCCGGUGGUGACGAAAAUUAAGCGGGAACUGAACGAGAUACUCGAGCAGCACGGCCUGGACUCCGUCAAAGACGCGGUCGGCAAAAACGUGUUGCAUCGAGAUUAUUUCUGUACAUAGUUUGUCGCGUGGCAUCGACAAUAAAGUAAUCCACAGACGAUUGUAGCUCUCAGCAAUGAGUUUCUGUAACAUUUAUUCGAGUAACUGGGUUAUGGAAACGUGUAUCUCUAGUAUCCGUGCAAUCCUCGCACACGUGUCUUAUUAGUAGAACUAUCCAGAAGCGCCGGCGUAUGAUUAUGGAUACCUGUUUCGUUCUGCUGUUGUACGGCGACCAGGUCAUACGACGUGUGACGCGUACGCUAUGGUUAAUACUCGCUGGUAAUGUCAUCUCCGCGGAACAAGUGGUUACAAUAAUUAAUUACGAUUGUCCGUCGCAGCUACCCGGAUCGCAGACUUCGUUAACGCAUUGAGUGCGCCGAUUUUGCUAUACUCUCCGCUCGGCAGCGCGCGAGCGUUCGAUGCCGAACGCUAAACUAGUCCUGCAUUCGUGUAAUUGCAUCAAUGAAAAUUGACAUAAGCGUUUACAGAGUAAUGUUUAUAAAAUUCAAUGUGCGUCGAAUUGACGCGUACCGUAAAUCUAGCGUUAAUAGCUAAUCUCGAUACCAGCCUUUGUUACGUCACAAGUAUCUAAAUUCUCAUAGCGUUAACGUUACUCUCCAGUUUCCUGUUUCUUUUCUAAGGAUCGACCAGUUCCGAGGGUAGAAGAGGUUAAGGAGAAGCUAUUAACAGAACUACUUUAUGUUUUUGGUACCGUCUCGCCUGGCAAACGCUUCGCCGCUAACAAUUAACAUAUAAAUUAAAUAAUCGACGCGUUGCCAUGGUUCUCUGUGUUAGAGGUGUCCGCUGACGCGAGUACGGUCGCUUGGAAGCUGGAAAGCGUGGAGUGGAAUUGAUUUCGUUGUCGGUUCUCGCGCGGUUCGUAUACGAAUUAAACGUUUCAGGUACACGGGUACGACAAUGUCGGCGGGUCGCAACGUCAGGAGGCAUCAAUGUAAACCAAGGUUCCCGCCCAGGCCCUGCUCCUUCCUCCAUUGGGCCAGACGAAUAGCGUACCAAGCCUGUAACAGAGGAAACCUGGUUACUCUGGUAGAAAAAGGUGCCUUAGUUAAUAAUAGAACUAUCGUGUAUUUAAUACGAGUAACUCUUUCAACUCUGUAGGCUCCAGUAUUGCACCAGGAAGAGUAUUAGAUAUUUUAAUGAAUCUUAAAGAAACUACCCUGUGAUUAUCAGAUUUUUCACGCAAAGGACUAGAAAAUGUUAUAGCAUUUCUCAUUUUUGCCGGGGAUACUAUAAAAAUUAGUUGCAGUUGCUGAUAAAUUACAAAACCAUCUGGAGUGUUAAGGGUUAAUAUAUAAUCUCCAUAAAAAUUCUAACAGAU